AUGUUGAGUGCGGCCGCAUCCCGCCGUGCCGUGCGGGCGGCGCUGCCGGAAGCGGCCGCGGGGCGGUUGUUGACAACAUGGCGGCCGCGGGCGCCGCCGCGGGAGGAAGAGGCGGAGGGAGCGGCGGUGGCGGCGGGCGGGCGCAGCAGCCUCAUUCAUAGGACCCGGCGCGCUGCCUUCCCUCCCUCCCGCCUUCCCCCGCCCCGGCGGCCGCCUCGCCCCCUCCCCGGCGCUAUGUCCUUUUUCAGGCGGAAAGGUAGGGGGGCGGUGGGCGGGCGGCCGCCGGGCUCGUCCCCCGCGCGGAUGCCGGGCCCCGGCCCAGCCCCUCCGGGCAUCGCCACCGGGCCCCGCGAGGACGCGCGGGCCUUGAGGAGCGGUCUCCCCGCCAAUGACGCUCCAAUCCCAGUACAUUCCCCUCAGAGAAGCACUAGGAAUCAUGCCUUGCUGGAGGCUGCAGGACCAAGCCAUGUGGCCAUCAAUGCCAUCUCCGCCAACAUGGACUCCUUUUCCAGCAGCCGCACAGCUGCCCUCAAGAAGCAGCCAAGUCACAUGGAAGCUGCUCACUUUGGAGACUUGGGCAGAUCAUGUCUGAACUACCAGGCUCAAGAGACCAAAUCAAGCCUUUCCAAGACUCUUGAACAAGUCCUGCAGGACAGUGUAGCCCUCCCUUACUUCAUCCAGUUCAUGGAGCUGCGCAGGAUGGAGCACUUGGUGAAAUUCUGGUUAGAGGCCGAGAGCUUCCACUCUACCACCUGGUCUCGCAUCCGCGCGCACAGCCUGAACACAGUGAAGCAGAGCUCCCUGGCAGAGCCAGUGUCCCCCUCCAAACAGCAGGAAUUGGCCUCCUCUCCUCCUGCUGGGUGGCUGGAGGAGAGGCUGGAGGGCUCUGGCACAGCCCAGCUGCUCCGGCCUGAGCCUGACAGAACUGCCAGCUGCCAGAACGACGUGGGGCUGCUGGGGCAGGAGAGCCACAGCACCAGUGCUCUGGCUCUGAGGAAACCAGAGACAGGGACUCACUCUCUUCCAGCUGAUCAGCAAGGAUCUUCCAAGCUUUCAGUAUCAAAUAGAAACAGCCCCUCCUCUGCACUAAAGGACUUGUCAGGAAAACUCAUGAAAAGUAUAGAACGGGAUGCAGUUAGUACUUUUACCAAAUAUAUUUCUCCAGAUGCUGCUAAACCAAUCCCUAUUACAGAAGCAAUGAGAAAUGACAUAGUUGCAAAGAUCUGUGGGGAGGAUGGCCAAGUGGAUCCAAACUGCUUUGUUACUGCACAGUCCAUAGUGUUCAGUGCAAUGGAACAAGAGCACUUUAGUGAGUUUUUGCGAAGUCACCAUUUCUGUAAAUACCAGAUCGAGGUGCUGACCAGUGGGACUGUGUAUCUGGCUGACAUUCUGUUCUGUGAGUCAGCCCUGUUCUACUUCUCUGAGUACAUGGAGAAGGAAGAUGCAGUUAAUGUGUUGCAGUUCUGGUUGGCAGCAGAUAAUUUCCAAUCUCAGCUUGCUGCCAAAAAAGGCCAGUACGAUGGGCAAGAAGCACAGAACGAUGCCAUGAUUUUGUAUGACAAGUACUUCUCCCUGCAGGCCACACAUCCUCUGGGGUUUGAUGACUCUGUGAGGCUGGAGAUUGAAUCCAACAUCUGCAGGGAGGGGGGGCCUCUCCCCAGCUGCUUCACCACUCCCUUAAGGCAGGCGUGGACAACCAUGGAGACGGUUUUCCUACCUGGUUUCUUGUCCAGCAACCUUUACUACAAAUACUUGAAUGACCUCAUCCAUUCAGUACGAGGAGAUGAAUUCCCAGGAGGGAACAUUGCACUGAGUAUUCAUGGCCCUGGCAGCUCUCCUGACAGUGAUUCCAUAGGGAGCAUGGAUGGCUCUGCCUCUCAGUCCAAUGUCAAAAAGGCUAAUGUUAAAAUCCUGAAAAAUUUUGAUGAAGCAAUAAUUGUAGAUGCUGCAAGUCUGGAUCCAGAGUCUUUGUAUCAACGAACAUAUGCAGGGAAGAUGACGUUUGGAAGAGUCAGUGACCUGGGGCAGUUCAUCAGAGAAUCUGAACCAGAGCCUGAUGUCAAAAAAUCAAAAGGGUCCAUGUUUUCACAAGCAAUGAAGAAAUGGGUUCAAGGAAAUACAGAUGAGGCUCAAGAAGAGAUGGCUUGGAGGAUAGCAAAGAUGAUUGUCAACGACGUCAUGCAGCAGGCGCAGUGUGAGCAGCCUUUGGAGAAGGUCACCAAGCUAUGAUUUUAGAAACUCCAGGACAGAAAAUCUGGUUUUCCACUUUGAGAAUGAGUGAACUUUCUCUAUUGGUGGAUUCUUUAACACAGCCAAUAAAAACAAAGCACUGUUACUCCAACCGCUGGAAUCUCCCUCAUUUCUAAGGAAGAAUGAAAAAGAAGCAAUCCUGGACCUCCACUGCAGAGAGUGAAGAAACACUUUUCCCUGGAGCAUGUGGCAUUCACAGUAACAAUGGUUCUAAGAUGAAGAUGCAGUUUACGAGAAACUGUGAUCAACUUCACAAAUACUUGACCUGUCUCAAAAAAAGACUUUUAAGCAAAAUAUCUGGAAUGGGACACAGAGGCCACAACAAAGGGGAAGGUUGUGGUGCAGUUUCUAGUUCUACUGCUUGUAGUUUUUAAACACAGAAUUGGAAGGGCUGUGAGGCGAAUCCAUUGGCAGUGAAUGACCUGGAAAGUUCUAAGUUUCAUUUUCCAUUACUUGAAAUAGAUGAGUAUUCACCUGUAAGAUAAAUGUAUUUUACUGCAUAACUGCAUUAACUUUAAAGGCAGUGUAGAAGGGUCAGGAACUCCUCCUUGUUGAGCUCCUACACCUGCACACACACACACACACACACACACCUCCCCUGCUUCUACCACAGAGCAGAUCUAAGGCUGGUCCUGCAGCCCCUCUGCUCUCACCUUCCGAGCAGGUUGGACCCUGCAGACUGCUCCACUUCCUGUCCUCACCAUCCCAUGAGCAAUGAAAAAAGGAAUUGCUGCCAUUCUCCAUCGCUUGUUGUCCUCCACCCAGCGUAGUAUCUAAUUCCAGAUGUUUGGUUUACAAAGAAAAACAAUUUUUAACGCCCUCUGGCCUUCUUCCUGACACUGUCAACACUUACCAUGUUACACAGCACCUCUCUUUUUUUUCCCCAGCAAAUUGAUUUUGCAGGGUAGCAGAAGUACUCAGUGUCUCACCAUUAUGUUACUGCUGCAUUUUUAGUAUAUGACACUUUUAUUUGGGGUCUUUUUUUCUUUUUUUAUUCUAAUGAUUGCUUUUUUCCUCAAACUCGUGCAAAGAAAUCACUAUGUGAAGAACUCAAAUCAUUUCCAAUGUUCAGAAUAUCUUGAUUGACUAGAAAGUGUCAUUCUGUUGCAAUAUUUGAUUGUAUAGAGACACACUGUAUUGUUAUGAAAAAGCAAAAAGGCUGUGUAUAGGUUUUUGGUACUAUGUACCACCUCUUAUUUCUCUCAUACCCAAGCAUUCAUGUACUUAAAACAUACUAUAUUUAAUUGUGUUUUGAUUUAAAAUAUAUAAGUAUUAAAAUUU